AUGUGGAAAUCUUUCAAAGAAAAGCAUGCCAGCAAGUUUGGGGGAGGCUCGACUGAAGCGGCGGCCUCAGACCGUGGCCAAGAUCUGACCACGAUAUUGGAUAGAUCCCAACGCGGGGAAUUGACAGUGCUUGUCGCGCUAAUCGCACAGCGGAUGCGGGAUGGAAUUGAACAAAACUUCUCCAAUGCCACGCCUUCGUCAGGCCAGUUGGCCAACUACGAAGAAAAAGGGACAGGCUCUCUGCCUCAAUCUACAGAUGCACAAGACCAGUCAUCCUCCAGCAGCGCAGCGAAAGGCUCAAGAACCGACCCUGAAUUCAAAGACCCCGAGACUGCGACAUGUGCUCUAUCCAAUUAUGACGACUGGAGAGACUCUGUCCUUCUUCGAAUUGGUGAGGUCGUCAACAGGGAUCCAGAGCAUGGUGAAGUCCAGGCGAACCAGAACCCGCCCUCGGAACAGCAAUCCCAGCAGAUCCGCUCAGAGGAGGAUGACCGUUCCAUUGGUAAACUACGUGAGGUCUUCCCACCGGUGGAGACCAGCCUCUCUCAACUGCCAGAAGCAAAGAAACUCUUAAUUCUCCACUCAUUGCUACUCCUAGUCCUGAGUCUUGAACACUAUAACGCCUGGUCUCGGGUCCUGAUGCUGUACGUGACGUCUAGCUUAGGGCUGGACGUGAAAUUACUAAACGAAGACGAAGUCAAAGUGGCGAGGGGUUUGCUUGACACUGCUCUGGCGCUGUCGUCUAACGCCCCAACGCAGGAUGAGAGUCGAAGUCGCGAUUCAUCCAGAAAAUGGAAGGUUGGUAUCGCGUCAGUUGCGGGUGCUGCCCUGAUCGGGAUCACCGGUGGACUGGCUGCGCCCCUUGUGGCAGCUGGGCUCGGAACUGUCAUGGGCGGCCUUGGGCUUGGAGCCACCGCCGCGGCAGGGUAUCUCGGAGCUCUCGCUGGAAGUGGUGUUGUCGUCGGCGGACUUUUCGGUGCUUAUGGUGGGCGGAUGACUGGUCGUAUGGUUGACAAGUACGCGCGGGAGGUGGAUGAUUUUGCCUUUUUGCCCAUUCGUGGUUCUCGGCAUCGAUCCGAAGACGAAAGAGAAGCUGCGCAGCAGGAUCAUCGACUGCGGGUUACUAUUGGCGUGACCGGGUGGCUGACAGAGGAGGACAAUUUCGUGAUCCCGUGGCGAGUGAUCGGAGCGGAAUCGGAGGUGUUUGGUCUCCGUUGGGAAACCGAGCCCCUGAUGAAUCUGGGAAAUGCGCUUGACCUGUUGGUGACCAGCGCCGCAUGGACUGCCGGUGAACAAGUCCUGAAAAAGACAUUCCUCUCCCAACUCUUGACCGCUGUCGCGCUGCCGCUUGGCCUUCUCAAGGUCGCACGUGUGGUGGACAAUCCGUUUAGCGUAGCGAAGGCUCGGGCGGACAAGGCUGGGGAGGUUCUCGCGGAUGCUCUUAUCAGUAAAGUGCAGGGCGAGCGACCAGCCACCCUCAUCGGAUACUCCUUAGGGUCUCGAGUGAUUUUCGCUUGCCUUCAGAGCUUGGCGAAACGGCGCGCGUUCGGCUUGGUGGAAUCCGCAAUUCUGAUGGGAGCUCCCACCCCGUCGAAUACAGAGCAAUGGUGUCGCAUCCGCAGUGUCGUGAGUGGACGCCUUGUCAACGUGUUCUCUGAAAACGACUCCGUGCUGGCUCUCUUGUACCGAACCAGCAGCCUCCAGCUUGGGGUUGCAGGCUUGCAGCCUGUUGAAGGCGUGUCAGGAGUUGAGAAUCUGGACGUCAGCGACCUGAUCAGCGGCCAUCUCCGUUACCAGUUUCUCGUUGGCAGGAUCUUGAGCGUCGUUGGACUUGAGAGCAUUGAUGCUCGCGAGGUAGCACGGGAGGAGGCCGCAUUAGAAGCCAAGGAUCGGAGGCAGGAGCAGGAAAGGGCUCAUAACGAACGACAGGCUAGAUUCAUGGGCGAAGGUCGGUCGCCAAGCCAGCAGCUGGAAAGCCAGGAGGAUCUGCAGGGCGAAGAGGACAGACUACAGAAAGAGAUGGGAAGAGCACGAACGCGGCACUCUUAG